AUGGAGCCUCAGGAUGCAGCAGCCGACCAGACCACCGUGCCACUGUCGCUGCCGUCCCUGCGUGCGGCGUGCCUGUGCCUGCCUUGCAGGCGUAAGCCGCAAGCGCAGGAUGACGGGCGAGUAGCUCGGAAGACGGACGACCUGGCAGAGUCUUUUGCGGCGCCCGGAAGCAUGGGCAAGGUCGAAGAAGAUGGAGAAGCUGAGCCGGAGGCUACCUAG